AAUAACUUUAUGGUAUUGUCAUUGCAAAAGUAGUAUGUAUAUUGAUGUAGAAAAGUAAGAGUAGGUGGACUUCUUCAAACCGUGUAGAGAAAGACCAUUAUUAGUUUCAUAGUUCAGCAACUGGCUUAAAGAAAUAAGAUAGAGACUUGGUCCAGAAUUAAAUUAGUUCAAUUAAAUGAGGCAACCCCACCUAAAAACCAAGAAAAAUUCAUAGUUUUCCUUGUUUGACUUAUGCUUUUUUCCAGUUACAACAAUAUAAAGAUGUAAACAAAAGAAUGAAAAUUUCUUCUUUUAAGAUAUUAAACUUCAAAGCAGAAAAAUGAUCCAUUGAUGGAGGACAAGAAAGCCUAUUCCAUAGCCAUUUCAUUGGUGAUUCUGUUGAUCAUAGGUGUCGUUAUUGCUCGGCUAACGCUUAAACUUACAGAGACUUUUUUCCUCAUAUGUGGAGCGGAUGUUGCAGCUAUUGUUGCUGUCUUUGCUUUUGUUAUAAUCCGAAGGAAGUUCAACAGCAGGAGGCAAUUACUAGUAAAGCAACUCGAUUCAGAUGGACGCGAGUUGAGGAUAGAGUAUAGUUUUCUUAGGAAAGUUGCAGGGGUUCCAACAAGAUUCAGAUUGAAAGAGCUGGAACAAGCAACCGAUAACUUUGGUUCGUUAGUAGGUCGUGGAUCAUCGGCUUGUGUUUUCAAGGGCAUCCUCAGUGAUGGUGCAGCAGUGGCAGUGAAAAGGAUUGAAGGAGAGGAGCGAGGCGAUAAGGAAUUUAAAUCAGAAGUUGCAGCCAUUGCCAGUGUCCAACAUGUCAACCUGGUACGCCUAUUAGGGUACUGUAGUGUUCCCACCUCGGGGCCGCGUUUCUUGGUUUAUGAAUAUGUUGUUAAUGGAUCACUUGAUAAUUGGAUUUUCCCUCGAAGGAAAAUCCGAGAUCGCCCAAGUGGCUGCUUGUCAUGGGAUUUAAGAUGCAGAGUUGCCUUAGAUGUGGCUAAGGCACUUUCCUAUAUGCAUCACGAUUGUAGGUCGUGUAUUUUACAUCUUGAUAUCAAGCCUGAGAAUAUUCUUCUUGAUGAGAAUCACCGUGCCCUUCUCUCAGAUUUCGGGCUAUCAAAGUUAAUGGGGAAAGACGAGAGUAGAGUUGUCACAACAAUCAGGGGAACUCGAGGCUACUUAGCCCCAGAGUGGCUUUUGGAGAACGGGAUUUCUGAAAAAAGUGAUGUUUAUAGUUAUGGAAUGGUACUUUUGGAAUUGAUUGGUGGAAGAAGAAAUAUACGCGCGGUUGAUCAACAUGGAAAAAAUAAUCCGGACAAGUCAAAGGCGAAGAAAUUCAUCUACUUUCCCAAGAUUGUGAGUGAAAAACUGGCACAAGAGAAAAUCAUGGAUGUUGUGGAUGAGAGGCUCGUUGAUGAGGUCGUUGCAGGAGGAGAAGUCGCAGAAAUACAAGUGAAAAGAUUGGCGUGUGUGGCGUUGUGGUGCAUCCAAGAAAGGCCUCGGCUUAGGCCAACCAUGGCACGAGUCGUGGAAAUGUUGGAAGGGCGUUUGCCAGUAGAAGCGCCUGCACAGACGACAAUGCCAAUCGCUGACCUAUUAGCAAAUGACGAAGAUCUUGAUCAUCAUCCCCGGCAGCCUACAGCUAACCUUUCUUCUGAUUCCACUUACUCUUUUACAAUGUCUGUUCUCUCAGGAAGGUAGUACCAAGGCUACAUCUUGGAAUGUAUCUGCUUCCUUCAUUCUGCUUUUGUUUACACCAAAUUAUAAAGAUGGCUCAAUUCGAAUUGUCUAAAAAUUGGUGGACGGAGUUAUCCAGUACUGAAACACAAGAUGGAGACAUAUCGGCUUAUAUUCCCAUCAAUGGCGGCUUCAUUAUUGAUAGGACAAAUCUGUAUAGAAACAGAGCUCUUAUAUUGCGCAAAAUGUUGGCUUAUCUAUUAGUCGCAUCGGCUCCGCUGCUCA